AGGCGUAUCCCAUUUCCCAACAAGCUCGUAGAUAGACGUAACGUUAGAAGGUGAUGUGAAGUAACUUAUGUUGUCUGCCACAACCAGAUAGCUAGCAGACUAACGGUGCAUUUUGGUUGAUACCUAAUUUUAAGGAGUUGGACAACGCUUUCCUAGCUAAUAUUAAUGAUUGAAAGAGAAAACAUCUCACCUAUUGCCUGACUAUAGAAAUUGAUGUUGAUUGUCAACAAACUCAGUAUAACAGUUACCUAGUUAGCGUAGCUACUAGCUAGAAAAAGUUAGCUAGACACCUGUAGAGCUAAUUUAGCUACUCGAGCUAGUUGCAAUGGAGUUGAGAAGUGGUUGUUUAAUUUAUUAUUAGCCAGUCAAAAACGCAUCAAACGUGAGUGAUGAAGGACCGAUUGGGUGAAUUAACCGAAAGCAGGACACAAGCAGAGGAGGAUGUCAGAGUCACAGUUGACAGUGAUGGAUUUAUGGAAGGGUUUUUCAGAAGGGUGGAAGAGGUUAGGGGGCUCAUUGAUAAGAUAUCUUCUGAAGUGGAGGAGGUGAGGAAGAACCACAGCAUGAUCCUGUCUGCACCCAAUACAGAUGAGAAGAUGAAAGAAGAACUUGACCGGUUGACCAAUGAGAUCAAAAGCGAUGCCAACUCUGUGCGAGUUAAGCUUAAAUCUAUGGAGCAGAGCCUGCCCAAGGAUGAUGUUUCUAACAGGGCCUCGGUUGAUUUCCGCAUUCAGAAAACCCAGCACACGGUGCUCUCCAGGAAGUUUGUGGAAGUCAUGAGUCAGUACAACAAGACUCAAGUGUCGUUUAGGGACAGAAGCAAAGGAAGGAUCCAGAGACAGCUGGAGAUAACUGGGAGAGUGACUAGCAACGAGGAACUGGAGGACAUGCUGGAGAGUGGCAACCCAUCCAUUUUCACAUCUGAUAUCAUCUCUGACUCUCAGGUCACGCGGCAGGCCUUAAAUGAGAUUGUGUCACGGCACCAGGAUAUCAUCCGCCUGGAGUCCAGCAUCAAGGAGCUCCAUGCCAUGUUUAUGGACAUGGCCAUGCUGGUGGAGAAUCAGGGGGAUAUGGUCAACAACAUAGAGAACAACGUCUCCAAUGCAGCUGAAUACAUAGGCCGUGCCAAAGAGGAGACCAAAAAAGCUGUGAGAUACCAGAAAAAAUCCCGGAGGAAACUCAUCCUCCUUGCCUUUGCUCUAUUGAUCCUGCUUGCUGUCAUUGCACUAAUUGUUGGCCUGUCUGUUGGACUAACCAAAUCCCCUGUAUGAGCCCUGUCCUGCUAUCUGUCUGGGGUAACUACUACUGUGCAUUUUAUCAUGAUCAACAUAACAUUCAACACCAAUUCCUUUCAUUCACAUUCCAACGCUGGUGGGUUUUUGACUUCUAACCCUUUUUAAACAUUGUGUGUUUGAGCUACAGACUUCUGCGUCGUACCAUUGCAUGUGUCUAUUUCUUCUCCAUCUGUUGGUUAACGGGGGCUGAGCUAGAGCGGUGUUUGUGAGAUAAGGGCGGAUCACGAAUGGGCCCGGGGCUGGGUGUUUUUACAAAAACGUCUGUAGACUGAAUUGUUUGAGUUACAAACUAUGAAAAUCUGCUCUACGAUGCUCACUAGCUACACAAGAGUCGUUAGAAGGUAAGGGGUUCUUCUGCAUAGAAGAUCACAGGAAAUCCAAGGACAUAGUGUCUAUAAUACUAUAAGAUCACAUAGUUGCUGUCACAAUCUCCAAACUCCACACGGGUGUCACUGAAUAGUUGGAUAUUCAUUUACCACUAAAAAAGCUAUUUCUGUACUUACAGCAUUCAUAUACAUUUCAUUUUUAUCGGGGGUUUUGCUUUGGCAUACUUUUAAAAAAUUGACAUUUGUCAAUAAAACCCAUGAAUUGAACUGUUUAUGUCAAGUUGAUUUGUUGUCCUGGUAAAACACUUCAUUGUGAGGCUAAAUAUAAGGGCUGGACAUGCAGAUAAAUAAAAGUCAGAUAGAUGAAAAGCUGAUUUUUGCUGGGAUCUUGGGAGUAAUAGGGUUAACACAUUGAGGUACUGUUCUUGAUAGUGGUUGAUAUAGCAGUCCAGUUUUGAUUUAGAGAAUCUCAGAAUUUGAGAAUCACAGUAAUGGAUAAAUUGCCAAGUUAGGUUCAUAGUAACUACAUUCAAAUAGAUGAACACAGACGCAAUUAUGUCGGUUAAAAUGGGUCAUUUUGGUUUGUUAUGUACUAAAUGAACAGUGAACCAAAUGUAUCUUCCUCUCUCACAGAAAUGGUUCUGGCUUGCCAUUUGUGUGGCACUGGCUCUCCUCAUAGUCAUCAUUAUAGCAACAAUAUUUGACUGACCAUUGAGAGGCCCUACUGUUCAGAACAGCAGAUGAGUCUACAGCAGUUUCUCACACCUUUGGGGCCAAGUUCCAGUCAUCAUACCCUGCUCAAUGUUCAACUCCUCCUUCAACACCAAGACGGGCAUUUCACUUCUCAGAGGACAAUAGAUCCAGCUGUAUCCACCAUGUUAUUACAAUAUUACACCUCUUGACUCCAUAAUGGCUGAGUCAGUGGCCUUGGCUUACACAACUUCACAGAAGCCCCAGGGCUCCUAGGAAAACACUCCCUCUUGCUGCAAUAAUACAGGGUAGCCUUUUUUACUGUCUGUGCAAGUAACUACAAUGAAGUCUCUACAGGACUGCCAUAGGCUACAUGUCAACAAUGACUACCAUUGCAAACUACAUAGACACACAGGCUCACCUCUACUGCUGCCAUAAAGGCUAAUAGCACGUUACAUGGUAAGUAGAGAGAUGUCACUUUCAAACUUUACUGAGCAGAAUGAUUUUUAUCUACACCAUAAUUUAGACGCUUUAAAGCAAUUCAUUUCUAACUGUUAAAAUAUAACUUCAGUUUAUGUGAUUUUGUUCAAUUUAGUGUAACGACCAGAACAAGAUGAUUUCAUACAGCUUAGGUGUAAUGUUUUUUUCCUUGUGAUGAUCAUGACUAAAUGUGCCUUAAGAGAACCGAACACUAUAAUACUUAUUAAGUGUACUAAUUAAUACACUCCCAAUGAAAUUGGGAUGCAAUUUGUGUGUCUUGUUUUGACUACACCUAUUAAUUUGGUCUGCACUUAGAUUUUGUAUUUAUUUAUAUGAUUUAUUUAAGUGUCAUACACCUACUGGUGCCCAGCCCACAUGGCCUUACAAGACACAACAGAACCAAAUAAUAUUUGACAAUUUAUACAUAUCAUCUGCAUACAAUAAUCCUGGCCAGUAUAGCUACCAUCUAGCCACUCUACACAAAAAGUUGAAAUCUCCUUUCCUGGCAUCGUGAACAAACUGAGCAAUCUCAAACACCAUGUCUGAAACAGAAUUCAAGCCUCUGACUCUAUAGCCAGAGGGAGGGUUUUGAGUUGUGCACAAACUGACCUUUGGCUUUUUGUUAGGUUUAGGCGAACAAAUGAUUCAGGGGUGUAGUUCUCUUUGAUGAGAGUAUGUUUAAACCAAUCAUCAACUGCCCAUUUUUCCGUGUGGAUCAGCAAAAGCUUGUCCUUGAUUUGGUUAACACCACAUGGUCAUUUGUUCCUGAUUUGUUCCUUUGUAUGAACAGAUUGUUUGUAAUACACACUCCUGAGAUCUUUGUCUCCUGAGUGUGGCGCUUUUGAUACAUAGGUCAUUUUGUUGUAGUAUCAUUGAGUCAGAUCAACAUUGAGUCAGAUCUUUCUGCAGUUGAUACAGCUUGAAUAUUGUGUAGAUAAACAAUAAAUAUGUAAGUGAAUUAUCA